UUAUUAUUAUUAUAUAUUAUUAUUAUUAUUAUUAUUAUUAUUAUUAUUAUUAUUAUUAUUAUUAUUAUUAUUAUUAUGAUCAUCUAGCGUACAGGACUCGUGCGAAGUUUCCCAAACAAACAAUAUAUUUUAACGUAAUGUGAGAAUUAUGCGAUGAUACAAGAUGAAAAAAUAGUGCAAUGACACCUCAUCUAUUGGGGUAUGCGUUGUAUUAGUUCAAAGAGAGAGAGAGAGUGACGUUCACGACGGACAUAACAAGAAUAAUGAUCGAUGGAUCUUGUCUACCUUACAUCUUACUAUUCAGGUGAUUAAUAACUUUGCUACGAAUUAAUAUAUGAAAUAAAAUUUGUGCAUAAAUGUGAGUGUAAAAAUCGAAAAUAAUAGCUACGAUAAGGAAGUAUUAUAGAUUUUACUUAUAACACCGCGACACAUACCCAACAAAGCCCAGUUGUGGGCGUUAAGAACGGAGAAUGUUCUUAAAACGUUUAAUUACAUUCGAAAACGACAACAAAUUGCAAGCCGAGAAAUUUGUCUAGUCUUUCAUUUUCGAUCUUCGACUAAUUCGUAAGUUAAAUGAUGUAGUUGUUAAAAGUGAGCAAAACGGAAGCAACAGUUUAUUAACUCGAGGUAUAAUUUCUACGCGUCGUUUAUCACGCAUGUAAAUAUAUUUUUUAUUCUUAAUCACGCUGAGUUUUGGGAGCAUUCUUUCAUCUGUCUCUGAUCAGACGUUGUUAAAUAAGAAUGUUGCGGUCAAUUGCGGAGGGACAUUCGGAUGCGUGUGUAAACUCGGUUCCACGAGAGAACGUACUCGCCUUUUCCGCUGAGCGGAUGAACGAUGCCAAGCGAGGGCUCAUCAGAUGAUGUACGCUUACUAAAACUAUUGGAACUUUCAUGGCCUUGCAUGGGGUAGGUAUAUGGGCAUGCUCGAAGUCGACGAGCCCCAAUGAUUUACUAUAGUAAGCAUCAGCUGAUUAAAGCUUGGAAAUCGGUUGGAAGGUGAGUACGUUCUCUCGUGGAGGUGAGGAUAGGAAAUAAGCCAAUAAUAUGAGUCAGCAGAAAGUUAUAGAUAAGUAUGUAAGCAUCUGAACUUCUAUCACAUAGAUUAAGGUGAAUCAAGCGUCUCGUCUUGAAAACAGUAACGGGGGGAGCAUUAGAGCGUAAUCUUUAUAAGAUAGGGAUGUAACGUAAUGGUUUACGGCACCACAAGGAGGAUCUAUCUACAAAAGUUGUUCCGAUAGCUUUACCGUGCGGUGUAACUACAGCGAUAACGGAGUUUAGAAAAAUUUAAGUGAAUUAUUUAUUAAAUGAGAGCGUUGCUAGUUUCGUCAUCGUUUGCGCAUUGAAAGUAUAAACUAUAAAUGAUUUCAUAUUGAAAUAUGAAAGAGCAACCAUUAGACGUACGUCGUAUAUAUGUAUAAAAGUUGGGAAUCACUCUAAGCCAUUGCAAAAAGGGAACGACAAACGAAUCUAAGCGGUACCAUUGAAUGAACCGAAUAAACAUUUAUUAAUUAUAAGAUUUGUCUCUAAAAUAAUAUCUACGACAUAUAUAAUAUAUGUGUAAGUGUUUGAUCAUUUCUCUUCUUCAGACCGUUCGAUCGUUUAGAUUUUAGUGGAUUAGUUCACGCGGCAAAAUAUUGUUUUAUCUCAUUCCAUUUAUUAUACAUAUAGAUAUUUGUAUUUACAAUAUAUUAUAGAUACACAUAGAUGUAUAUGCACAAUAAUAAGCGACUAAACCAAAAGGGAAUUUAACAAUCCAUAUAUCUUCUAUGUAUGUCAAUAAUAAGCGAGUCAAACAUGUUUAACAUUAAAAAUGUGUAUGUAUAAUAUAAAUUAAUGAGCUGCAUCUUGCGUUAUUCUUUUCUUUUUUAUCAUUAUUAUUAUUAUUAUUAUUAUUAUUAUUAUUAUUAUUACUAUUAUUAUUAUGAUCAAUUAUUAACAAUUGCUGUAAAGGUUGAACCGUAGAGACCAGCUAUCUCGAGAUAUCAUGCCGUGAUAAGGAAUACAUACAGACGCGACUAAGCGUAAGGUGAAAAUGCUAAAAGUUCAUAAUAAAGUUUUGUCGAAUUCUAUAGAGUAAGUGGACAAUGUUUCUGACCAUUCAAUGCUGUUGUAUUUUAGUAACAAUAUAAAUGUGUCUAACUGAAUUUCUAUACAAAAUCUAAUACUCAUGAAGUAGUUCGUAAGACGUUUAAUUGUUGCCCAAGGCUCUGUGUGACCCGUACAGAGCGCCGCGAAUGUAGGGUAUAAACAUAACGUUCGUGCUAUGAUUCGAAAAUCCAGCACCACGCGGCAUCCACGGGGGCAUCUAUUUCUCGCUUUAGAAUAUAGCUCGCGAUUGUAUAUUUACUAAUUGAACACCGCGUUAACAAUACGACAGUAAAAAUACUAAACAAUGCGGCAAUAACGGUAACACUUUCAAAAAUUAGAAAUAUGGAUAUUAUAUUACAGAGUAGUGCCUGCCUAUUAUUGCGCACAUUUAGAUAAUUAAAUGUGCUUAUUUUCGUUCGAAUAGAUGUUCGAUUCUAUUCAAGGGAUACUCACUGAUCCUGGUCGUACCGGGUUCAAAUCCCGAUAAAUACUUAAAAGAUGUGACGUAAUGCUCUUCGAGAAAUGUAGGUCUGUGAUCCGUAGACAGCCGACCUUUUCAUCGUUUCUUAUUCCACUCGAUCGGCGCGUUAGAAAUUUCCAGCUUUAAUAUCCCUAGAGGCGUUAGAAAAUUCCUGCAGCGAACGAAGCCCGUCGAUAAAACGUGAGAUGCUUCUGUUUAGGUCUGUAUGCGUGUGUGCGUUUGUUUACGCUUGAAAUUUUCAAUUGAAAAAUGUAACACUCAAAACUUUGGCUUUAAUUACGUAACGAGUAAUGACAAACGGAAGCGAACAAUUGUUUUUCAACAUUCUGGACUCUGGACCGUAAAUCUCCGAACUCGUGUUAUUUUCGCUUGGAAAAAUUCGUAGUAUUUGUGUAACGAAACUAAAAUUUACAUGUAUCCACAUUGUAAGCAAGGUGUUCAAAUACAAUACAUAUAUAAUUGAUCCGUUUUAUAAGUGUACAAUGACAUGACUCCACCAGUGUAACACAGAGGUUACAGAUUAUCAUCAACUGUAUUUAUUUAUUUAUUUAUUUAUUCGUCGGACACGGUCGUGUUUCUUAUCGACGUUCUCCACGGAUCAAAGAAAUCGUAUAUAAAUUGAAGAAAACUACAAGUUGUAUUUUCCGAGUCGUCAAUUAAAUAUUAAAUACAAUUGCAGGAACUUGAUAAAAUCCUUGCUGGUAGCCAAAAUGUCAACGACGGUGUCAGUAGAUGAACGAAUGCUAAAAGGGAUUCGUCGAAUAAUUCCGAAUCUGAAUAAUACUAAGUACAAAGGCCAGGAUGGUCGGAUAGGAAUAUUCGGAGGCAGUUCAGAAUACACUGGUGCACCUUAUUACACAGCGAUGAGCGCACUGCGCACUGGUUGUGAUUUGGUACAUAUUUUUUGUGUAAAAGAGGCGAGCAUUCCAUUGAAAUCUUAUAGUCCAGAGCCGAUAGUCCACCCAGUCCUGGAUCAGUACGAUGCGAUAAAGCAAAUCAGACCCUGGCUGGACCGGUUACACGUGAUCAUAAUCGGUCCUGGCCUAGGGCGAGACGACAAAAUAUUUAAAACGAUAGUCGAACUGAUAACAAUCUGUCGCGAGAUGAAGAAACCACUGGUGAUCGAUGCGGACGGGUUGUUCUUAAUUAGUCAGAAACCUGACGUGAUCAAGGAAUAUCCAGGGGUAAUUUUGACUCCGAACGCGAUGGAGUUUAGUAGAUUAGUGAAAGGAGUUUUGGAUAAGAAUAUUCAACCGUCUCCCGUGGUUAAGAACAACGACGUUAAGCAUUUAGCUGAAGCUCUGGGGAAGAAUGUCAUCAUUCUACACAAAGGAGCUAAGGAUGUGAUCGCGGAUGGUCACAAAGGAACGGAAGCGGUGUCCUGCGGGUUGGCAGGGUCUGGGAGAAGGUGCGGAGGCCAAGGAGAUUUAUUAUCAGGGUCUAUAGCAGUUUUUUGGUGGUGGGCAAUUUGCGCAGGGAGCAGCGAGAGCUCCUUGAGCGCACCCGUCGCCGCUAGCUAUGCCGCUUCGAGGUUGAUCAGAGAGUGUAACGCUUCCAGUUACAAAAUUAAGCAGAGAGGGAUGUUGACGACGGACAUCCUGGAACAGAUCCAGCCGAUUUUCGCCAAAACAUUUGAGACUCAUUGCAACAAGUGAGCCAAUCAGUCGAGUCAUCUCAUUUUUCUGUGAAGUGUACGCGAACACGCUUACUCUUUUAAUAUGUUAAAGAAUUGCUAUAUUUUUUAUGUAUUGUUUAAACGAUGUAUCACAAUUUGAUAUUAUAAUUUUGAUAUUAAAACAAGGAAAGUAUUUUCUGUA